AUGUCUCGUUUAGUUAUAAAAAACCUACCAAAAAAAAUUACAGAAGAUAAAAUCCGUGAAUUGUUUGGCCAAAAAGGAAUAAUUACAGAUGUUCAGCUAAAAUACACUCCCGAAGGAAAAUUUCGUAAUUUUGGUUUCAUAGGAUAUCAAAAUGAAAAAGAAGCAGAAGAUGCAAUCGAAUAUUUCAACAAUAUGUUUUUAAAUACAAGUAAAAUUACUGUGGAAAAAUGUGCUUUACUUGGGGAUACAAAUAAACCAAAAGCAUGGAGUAAAUAUGCUACUGAAAGUACGGCAUAUAAAAACGCUCACAGGGAAGAAAAUAAAGAAGAAGAAAAGGAUAAGAAAGUGAAAACCAAGAAAGUUAAAAAAGAUGAAGCUGCAGAAUUACUAGCCAAGUACAAAGAUGAUCCAAUGUUUGAAGAGUUCUUGCAAGUGCAGGCCCCCAAUGAAAUUGAAAAAUUGCAUAAUUUACAAAUUGCUUCUACACAAGAAAAUGAUAGUGCAGUUGACUCUGGAAAAGAUUCACCAGAUGAAAAGAGUGAAGAUGAUAAGGAAGAUGAAACACAAGACAAAUUAGCCAAUCAAGAAAUAUCUGAUAUGGAAUACAUGAAAAAACUCAUGGGAAAAGGUGACAAUUCUGAAAAGAAGCCUAGAGUUAAAAUGGAGAAGAAGGUUAAGGAAAAAAUUGAGUUAUUUACUGUUAAAUUAAAGGAUUUACCUUAUAAUUGUAAAAAGAAAGACAUCAAACAUUUCUUUAAACCCAACACACCUUAUACAAUAAGAAUACCUAGAAAUAUACAUGGUAUUGCUUAUGUAGGUUUUAAAAAUGAGAAAAGCAUGAAAAAGGCUCUAAUGAAAGAUAAAAGUUUUAUAGGAGGUAAACAAAUAUCUGUGUUUAGUUAUAAAGGAGACAUUUCUGCUAAAGAAGAAAAAAAGGAUGAUACAGAAGAUUUAAAGAAAAAUAAAUGGAAAUCACAGGAAGAAACUCUUAAAAAUGAAGAAGAUAUUGCCGAAUCUGGCAGAAUUUUUGUUAGAAACUUAUCUUAUACUACAACUGAGGAUGACAUUGAGAAAAUGUUUUCUAAAUAUGGUCCAUUGACUGAAGUAAAUCUACCUAUUGACAAUACCACACGGAAAAUGAAAGGUUUUGGUGUAAUAACGUUUUUAAUGCCUGAACAUGCAGUCAAAGCUUACAGUGAACUCGACGGCUCCAUUCUUCACGGCAGAAUGCUUCAUUUACUUCCCGGAAAAAGUAAAGACAAUGACAAGGAGGCACAAUUGGAUGAAUCAACAAAUUUUAAGCAAAAACAGGCCGCUAAACAAAAGUCUCAAGCCGGUUCCUCGCACAAUUGGAAUUCCCUGUUUUUGGGACAUGAUGCUGUUGCAGAAGUGGUAGCGGAUAGUUAUAGGACAACUAAGGAGGCUGUGGUGGGGCCCGAUGGAAAAGGAAGUGCUGCUGUUAGGUUGGCACUAGGAGAAACCCAGAUUGUGGCUCAAACUAGGAAAUAUUUGGAAGAGGAAGGAGUUGUUUUAGAUGCAUUUGCAACACCAACUACCAAAAGAUCAAAAACAGUAAUUCUAAUAAAAAAUUUACCAUCCAGAACUGAAAUAUCUGAGAUAAGAUGUUUGUUUGAGAAGCAUGGAGAAAUUGGAAGAAUAAUAUUGCCCCCUAGUGGAAUAACAGCAAUUGUUGAAUAUUUUGAGCCUUCUGAAGCAAGGAAAGCCUUCACAAGAUUGGCGUAUUCCAAAUUUAAGAAUGUGCCUCUGUAUUUGGAAUGGGCUCCAGAAAACACAUUAACAGGCACUAAUAUUUCCAGACCAGUAACUGCUAAAGAAACUCAAAGUACAGAAACAGAAAAGGUGGAAAAUGUUGAACCAGAAGAAGAGGAAGAACCAGAGCCUGAUACAACAUUGUUUGUCAAGAACUUAAACUUCAAAACUACAGAUGAAGAAUUAAAAAAACAUUUUGCUGUGUGUGGUAAAGUACAUUAUGCCAAUGUAGCAUUAAAAAAAGACAUCAACAAUCCAGAUAACAAAUUAUCAAUGGGUUAUGGUUUUGUUAGAUUUACACAUAAAUCUAGUACUGAUAAGGCAUUAAAAACUUUACAAGGUCUAGAGUUAAAUGGAAAAACAUUGGAAUUGAAAAGAUCAGAAAGAACUCUUAAAAAUGAGGCACAAUCGUCAAGAAAAGUGAAUAAGGCAACAAAACAAACAGGAACCAAGAUUUUAGUAAGAAAUGUACCUUUCCAAGCAAAAUUGAAGGAAAUUCAGGAACUAUUUAGUACCUUUGGUGAAAUUAAGGCUCUAAGACUUCCCAAAAAAAUGGCUGCUGGCUCAGAUUCACACAGAGGUUUUGCUUUUGUUGAUUAUGUUACAAAUUCAGAUGCAAAAUCUGCCUUUGAAGCAUUAUCUCAAAGUACUCAUUUGUAUGGUAGAAGGUUGGUACUUGAGUGGGCUUCCACCGAAGAAGGGGUUGAUGUUAUAAGAAAAAGAACAGCUGAUCAUUUUAAACCCACUGAAGAAGUUAAAUCUAAGAAAAGUGUAUUUAAUCUGGAAUAA